AUGGCGACUGAAGAUAAUAGGUUAGCUCAACCUAUAGAAUUAUGUUCUAAUGCAUUGAUUGAUUUGAUAAAUCAAUUUGUUCCGGAUGAUGAUUCCAAUUAUUUGUUGAAAACCUUCGAAUUUGAAAAAUUCACUGGUAAACAUCAAAUCUUCGAAGAUAUUAUCAAGGAAUAUGACUUUGACUAUAAAAUCGAUGUUCCAAUGACAGAAGUUGAUGAUACCGAUGAUGAGGUGGCAAACAAUUUAAAGAAUGAGAUAGGAAAUUUUAAUGUAGGUCUAGAUGAAAAAACUAGAGAUUUCAUAUUGACUAUGUCUUUUCAAAAAGCUGCUCAGGAAUUUCUUACCAAGCAAUUAGAAGAAUUGAAAAAUACUGCAAAUGAAGAUGAAGUGAAGGCAGACAAAGUAAUAGAAACUGGAAAAUUUAAUAUUUCUCGUGAUGAACUUAGGAGCUAUAAUAGACUAAGUGUAUUAGUGGAUUUCCAGAUGCAUCUAGUGAUCGAGACAUAUCCUUCUAUCAAAUCUAGCUUCUACCUGUUAUUAUCUCAGAUACUGCAAACCCUCUUUAACAUGUCAACGAACGCAAUUAGUACAUUUUGGUACUAUUUGGAAACCCGUAAAAAAUUAAUUCAAGAUAAGAUUUUUGAUAAACAAGUCACUAGUGACAGAAUUUCGUUCUUGGAAAUAUGCAAUACUUUAACAGAUAGAUUCUUUGAGAAAAAUAUACAGGGUAAAAGAGAUUUGUGCAAAAAGGAUACGUUCAAUGAUACAUUUCAAUAUCGUGUGAGGAUGUUUAUAGCCAACAUUUUCAAUUUUGAAGACAAUACCGGGUUAAACAAAUACUUCAGUACUUCUAAUAGAAUUGUCAAAGAUUUCUCUACGAACUCGAGAUCCCGAGAUGACAGCUUUAUAAAGGAUGUGAUACAGAUAAAUAAAUUGUUCCGUGAUCCGUAUUACUUUUUAAAGCCGGCCAACCAUAAACAACUCACCAGAAUAUCGGAUACAUUAAAAAAGGUCUAUGAAUAUUUGAUGGAAGAAGAAAAUAGUUGGUCAUCUGUUGCCCCUAAGAUUGAUCAGUUUGCAGUCCCUACACCAAAAUCUGAGACCGAGGAAAGGCAUCUUAAAGAAAAAUAUGCUAAUAAAUUAUACUUUCCAGAACAUUAUUCUCUUGCACAGUUUGAUGAGAAAAAAAGAGGUGAUUCAUUUGAUCAAUUGAAGAAACAAGAUUAUAGUUUCAUGUCUAAGCAGUUUGAUGACAGCAAAGUACGUCAAACAUGUUUAAUUCAGAUAUAUUUCAUUUGUCACUUGUACUAUGAAUUAAAUGCAGCAAACAAAAAGGUAUUUUUGAAAUCGCUCAAUGGCCCUGCUAAUAUUAAACACUUUACGGAUGAUUCUCCUCCAGACAGUUUGGUGUCAUUAUUCUUCAAAAUUAAAAGAGAAAUACCUAAGCGCUAUCGUUCCAUAGACAGUCAAUUUUCGUUCUUAUUACAACAUAUGGCUAUUGAUGAAACUUUCUGGUGGGGCUGGUUGAUAUAUGGAAAGGACCCAAACACAGGCAAAUCGUUAUUCGUUGAUAAGGUGCUUACCGCUUCCGAGUUGGCAGUGGCACAAGAGAAGACUGAAACAAUAAUACCUUUCAAGGAAAAGCGCUAUUUUAACAAUUAUGCAACCCCACAAUUAUCCAGAAAGAUGAAAGUAGAACGAGGGAUUCUGAUAUUAGCCAAGGAUAGUGAAACAAGUGACAAUGAUAGAUUUCAAGAGGGAAUUGACUUACUUACAGAAAAGAUAUCAGAUGCAAAAGAUAAACAGGAAUUGGACCAGCUCGUUGACGAACGUAAUGUCCUUACCUGGAAACACUUGAAAAAGCAAAGGAACUCUAAUUGGUUGAAAUUUGGUAACUUAUUGAACAAACAGAUGUUAAGUGCCGAAUUGAACAUGCCUGAAGUAUCUGAGAAGGCUGCUGAAUCUACUGAACAACCAGAAACCAAAGAAAAAACAGAGGACGCCGGAGACAACAAUAACGGUAAUAUAGUGGAAAAGAUAGCGGAAGAGUCCCAAAGUAAUAUAGAGGAAAUUGAAAAAGAAGGGAUGGUUAGAGAUAGUGAAAUUCUACAUGACGAAUCCAAUACUGAAUCUAAUCCCCAACUGAACGAAUUAGAUUCCAACGAUGAAAGUUCAGGUAUAAAGAGAUCUCGUGAUGCUGAUGAUACUAUUACAGAAGAAGAACCUGCUACUAAGAAAACUAAGAAUUAG